AUCGCAGCUCCUCCCAAGAAAGGUCAACAGAAGAUGUCCCUCGGGGACUUUCUGGGCGAUCAGACACUUGGAUCAUGGGCUGAUGAGAUGGAGGAUAUGCCUGUAGGCAGUGGAGCUGGAGGCGGAAGUGGAGGAGGAUCCAGCUACGGAGGCGAGAGGCGCGCGUUCAACUCUUCCGGUGGAGGUGGCUUCGGCGGUGGCGAUCGCAGCACUGGUGGAUUUGCCGACCGUGGAUACGCUGUUCGUGAACAGUUGCCUCUUCCUUCGAAGCCCCCGUAUACUGCGCAUCUUGGCAAUCUGUCUUUUGAUGCUACCGAGGGCGAUGUCCAAGAUUUCUUCGCCGAUUGCGAUGUAGCACAUGUGCGUAUUGUCGAGGACAAGCUGGAAAGGAAGCCGAAAGGUUUCGGAUACGUCGAGUUCAGCACUCUAGACGGCUUGAAAAAGGCGCUAGAGCUGUCUGGCACACCAUUCCAGGGCAGAAAUGUCAGGGUCAGUGUCGCCGACCCACCCAAGGACCGCCCCGAAGGCUCCAAGGACAUGUCCACUGUCGACUGGACUCGAAAGGGUCCUCUUCCCGACCUUCCUGGACAGCGCCGUACAUCGGAUCGAGGAGCAGGUGGAGGAGGCUACCGCCAAUUCGAUGCUGCUAACGAUGCCGGGAGCGAGCGUGGUGGAGAGCGUAGGCGGGCCCCACCUUUCUCGGGUGACGGCAAAGAACGUGAUUUCGGGAACUGGGAGCGCAAAGGUCCUUUGUCCCCGGUCCCUGGCCCUACUGGCGGUCCCCCGAGGGAAGGUGGCAGGGUCCGUAGCAAUGAAGGUGGUCCCCGUGAACGCCGCCAAUCUCCUGCUUGGGGUGAGGGUCGAUCAAAUGACGGGUCUCGCCCUCCCCGCCGCGAAUUCCAAGAACGUCCUCAGGUAGAGCGCCAGCCAACCGCACCUGAGUUGGACAACCAGUGGAGAUCUAAGAUGCGUCCUGACGCUACGGCCAAAUCUCCAUCUGCCACUCCGGAUGUGAGCACUCCAUCAUCGCCUGCUCCUCAGGCUGCUGCUCCGGCAACGAGGCCGAGAUUGAACCUUCAAAAACGCACCGUCUCUGAAGUUGAGCCUGCCCCUCUGACCUCUACUUCUGAGGCUGGUUCAAAGUCCAAUCCAUUUGGUGCCGCGCGACCUAUCGAUACCGCAGCUCGCGACAGGGAGAUCGAGGAAAAGAAAGCCCUGGCUUUACGCCAGAAGAAGGAAGCUGAUGAGAAAGCUCGCGAAGAGAAGAAGGCAAAGGAGACCGCUGAAAAGGCCGCUGCUGGAGACAAGACCGCUGAAAAAUCGGAGGAGAAGACCACCGACGAGAAACGGUCGAAUUUCGAGAUACUGCAACGCGUUGGAGAAGAAGGUGAUGCGAUCCCAGAGGAAGAUGCCCCCGAUGCUUCCGCGAAUGGAAACAUCGUUGACGACAAGGCCGUAAAACCUAGGGAGAUAGUACGCGACCCCAAGACGGAAGGUGCUUGGCGACGAAAGUCUAGCACCCCUUCAGGACCAGAUGCCACUACGACCGAGAAGAUGGACGACGACGGCUGGAGCACUGUGACGAAGCCAGGCAAAAACGCUCGUGGUAAUCGCCGAGGAGGUCCCUCUCGUGCCAUUGCAUCCUAG